GUGCAGGGAGAGACUGGAUCACACAGCAACUGGGCUUUAUUCUCAGGACAACAGGGAGAGACUGUUAAGCAGGACACAUUUACUCUGGCUUCAGAUGGCAAUGAGUGUGGGAGAGGAUAGAGACUGGAGCUGACAAUCCAGAUGGCAAGAGUUGGGAAGUGGCACUUGUGAUGAGAAGGGGAUAGGUAGAGGACCUGCUGACUGAAGGGAUGGGAGAGGAAGCAGGAUGGGCAGAGGUGGGGGUGUGGUUGCUAUUGACCCUCUCCCCCUCCCACUUGCCUUUUGCCAUGAACAUAAGCCCCUUAUUACUGCCCCAUGGCUUCCAGCUGGACAGUCCGUCUGAGGAAUCCCUGCUGGGAGUUUAUCUACAACCCUGCUUUCCCCGCCCUGUCCCCAUUCCCUUAGUCCUGAAGAAUGGCCCACCCUUUGUGCCUUGUAGACCCAGCUAGGCUGACUCCCCAUCAUGCAAGGUUGGCUCAAUCUCCCCACAUUCUGUCACUUCCUUCUCCUGUGGGCCUUCACCACCUUCCACAGAGCCCUUGGGGACCCAGCAUCCUACCGGGGCCCCCACUACCUCCUGCCCCCCAUCCACGAGGUCAUUCACUCUCGUCGUGGCGCCACGACCACGCUGCCCUGCAUCCUGGGCACCCUGCCUCCCAGCUACAAGGUGCGCUGGAGCAAAGUGGAGCCAGGGGAGCUCCGGGAAACCUCGAUCCUCAUCACCAACGGACUGCAUGCCCGGAGCUACGGGGCUCUGGAGGGCCGAGCCAGGAUGCGGAGGGGGCAUCGGCUGGACGCCUCCCUGGUCAUUGCGGGCGUGCGCCUGGAGGACGAGGGCCGGUACCGCUGUGAGCUCAUCAACGGCAUCGAGGACGAGAGCGUGGCGCUGACCCUGCGCCUGGAGGGUGUGGUGUUUCCGUACCAGCCCAGCCGGGGCAGGUACCAGUUCAAUUACUACGAGGCGAAGCAGGCGUGCGAGGAGCAGGGCGGACGCCUGGCCACCUACGCGCAGCUGUACCAGGCAUGGACCGAGGGGCUGGACUGGUGCAACGCGGGCUGGCUGCUCGAGGGAUCCGUGCACUACCCUGUGCUUACCGCGCGUGCUCCGUGCGGCGGCCACGGUCGGCCGGGGAUCCGCAGCUACGGGCCCCGCGACCGGAAGCGCGACCGCUACGACGCCUUCUGUUUCACCUCCACGCAGGCAGGCCACGUGUUCUUCGUGCCGGGGCGGCUGACCCUGUCCGAAGCCCAGGCGGCGUGCCGGCGGCGCGGGGCCGUGGUGGCGAAGGUCGGGCACCUGUACGCGGCCUGGAAGUUCUCGGGGCUGGACCAAUGCGACGGCGGGUGGCUGGCGGACGGCAGCGUGCGCUUCCCCAUCACCACGCCGCGGCCGCGCUGCGGGGGCCUCCCUGAUCCCGGCGUGCGCAGCUUCGGCUUCCCGCAGCCCCAGCGGGCCAGCUACGGGACCUACUGCUACUCCGAGUAGGGCCACCGCGCCCCUUCCGCACGCGGACAGCGCCUGGGAGUCGUGGGGGGUCUCUUGCUGCCCUUUCCCUCGAGCCUCUCCUCCCGCCAGAUGAAGAGCAGCCCCUCCCGACCCGCCUCCCCGGGCCUCCUGGCGGGGCGGGGCGGGUGUCGGGAGGGGAGGGGGUGGCGCCCCGGUGACGGUGAUGGUGACGGGGUGUAGCUACGACCCCGGACCUGCGGAUCAAGGCCCCGUGGCGGUUCGCGUGCCCCCAGCACACAACUCAGCCACUGCUAGGGGGUGGGAGGGCGCCCAGGGGACAUGAACUGACCUCUGUAUACAGCAGUAAAAUAACGGGAAGUUUUUGUGUUGGACGAAGCUGUAGGCGCAGCGAGGAGUCGAGGGUGAAGGGGAUGAGCUCGAUAAAGCGUGCUGACUGCGCUCUUGAAGGGCUGCUGCCGCUUCGGGGUGAGCCUAGGGGAGGGUGGCGAGGAGAGCACCGAAAGGCGAGGGAGAGCUGCAGGCACCGAGCCCGGUACAGACGCGGAGAACCCAGGGUGUUCGCCGAGCACCACCAGGGGGCGCCACAAACUCACCUAAGAUUACUUCAAAUCCGCCUGAAGCGCUCCAACCCCUAGUCCUACACCCCACCACCGAACAAAUAAAAAGACCUAAAAAUAUUUCUAAA